AUGGCGCCGUCACCUUGGCCCUCCGCCAUCUUCCUCUUCCAUCUCCUCCCGUCCUCGUCCACCUCUUCCAUCUCUCCCACACUUGCAAGUUGGAUCUUCUGUCUGGUUCGGUGGGCCUGCCCGGCGUCAUCCCCCAUCGUGCACCCACCAAUCGCCCGGCAUGAGAUCCUCCUCAGUUGCAGCUCAUUUGCAAAGAGGGGCCUGGACAAAACACCCGUUCCAAGGUCGAUCUCCCUUGAAGUCCAUCGGCGUCAAAUCAAGGCUAUCAACGACAGCCUCUGCCACACGCGCAGCCUGCUGACGAGAACGCCUCUCCAAAUGAUCUGA